AUGAAGGUUUUUUCUUUAUCUACAAAUGUGCUCAUACCUUAUCCCAAGGAACAAUGUACAGGAAAAAAAGAGAGAAGAAUUUAUAAUUACAGAUUAUCUAGAGCGAGACGAUGUGUGGAAAAUGCAUUUGGAGUCAUGGUCAGCAGAUUUAAUAUAUUCAGAUCUCCAAUGAGAUACGACCCAGAUGAUACUCGUUGCAUUGUAUUGGCGAUUUGUUGUCUUCAUAACAUGUUGAGAUCUCACAGUAUAGGCCGUAUGAUGUAUACUUCACCAGGAUAUAUUGAUAUGGAAGAUGAAAUGACAGGUCAAUUGCAAUAUAGAGAAUGGCGAGAUGAACAAGGACAAGGUUUAUUAAGAUUACAACAUCAAGGAGGCAACUCCAUACUUCUGCUGCCAUAGAAAUGCGAGAAAAUUGAUGUGAAUAUUUUAA